UCUUAGUAAUUAUGCCCACUAACCCACCAGGCCACCUAUAUCUGUCAAUGGUUGAUGAUGCUGAAAUUGCUUGAAAACUCUUUCUGAUUGCUCCUCCAUUUCUAUUUAUAUAUUACCAACAACUAUUUUCUUCUUGAUUCGCUCUGCGAGAAUGGGUUCUCUUCCUUUCUUGAUCAUCAUAACCACCACCAUCAUCAUCAUAAUCCACUCUCCAAGCUCCGUCCAUGGCAACGAGCAGUACAUUACCUGCAAUACAACUUUCAGUUGUGGAGGAAUUCAGGAUGUUGGGUACCCUUUUUGGGAAUCAGAAAGGAGGCCAAGCUACUGUGGGUUUCCUGGGUUUGAGCUGAAUUGCAGUACUGGAGUCGAUCAAUCUCCAGAAAUCACAAUCGUGGGCCAAACUUACAAGGUCGAUAACAUUAGUAGCUCCUCCAAUCUCCUUACAAUCUCCAGAACAGAUUAUGUGACCAGCCUUUGUCCAACAUCUCUGAAAAAUACCACUUUAGUUGACACUCUGUUUACCUUAUCUUCUAAUACAGAACCUCUUUACCUCUACUAUGGCUGCCAAUUCCUUUCCAGUCAGCUCAAUAUGACUUUUUCACCCUUUCAGUUCACCUGCGACGUAAUUGGACCUACUAACACCGGCUUUUAUCUCCCGGCGAAUACAUCUUCAUUGACUUCGACCAAUCUUGCAUUCUACCAGUUCUUGGUAGCAGGGUGUGCCAGUAGUGUCUAUAUUCCUGUGUCUCAGUCAAGAUCGUUGCAGCUGAUGACAAUUCCGAAUGUCGACAGCGUGGUUACUGCAAUUCGUGAGGGUUUUGGGUUGAAUUGGGAUGCCAAUAAUAGUCUGUGUGAGUCAUGUAUGGACUCUGGAGGGGUUUGUGGGUAUGAUACAGAGAGGAAUAUGUUCAACUGCCAUUGUCCUGAUCAGACUUAUCUAACCACUUGUCAUGGAAAUCAAACCAGAACUUCAGGGGGAAAUUCUAGGAAUCUAUCUGUUGGAUUAGGCAUUGGCAUAGGAGGUGUUGGUGUCAUAUUUAUUCUUCUGGGAUGCUGGUUAUUCCUCAUGAUACGAAGGAGAAAAAGAAAGGUUGCCCUAGCUGUUAGCAAAGACAUUUCUGGGCCUCCUUCAAGCAAAUCCCUUCGUACUCCUAUAACCAAUUUCUCUCAAAGCAUCCCUUCUUACCCUUCUUUGAAGUCUGACCUCGAAAAGGGUAGUGCUUACUUUGGAGUUCAGGUCUUCAGCUAUGCUGAACUUGAAACGGCCACGGACAAUUUUGAUUCUUCUAAAGAACUUGGAGAUGGAGGUUUUGGCACUGUUUACUAUGGUGUGCUUAGUGAUGGUAGUGUUGUUGCUGUAAAACGUCUGCAUGAGAGUAGUAACAAACGUGUCGAGCAAUUUAUGAAUGAGGUGGAGAUUCUCGCUCGUUUAAGGCACAAAAACCUUGUGACCUUGUAUGGAUGCACGUCAAAACAUAGCCGAGAUCUUCUCCUAGUCUAUGAAUACAUUCCUAAUGGAACUGUGGCAGAUCAUCUUCUUGGGAAGCAAACAAAUUCUGGCUUGCUCAGUUGGCCAGUUCGGUUAAGCAUUGCAAUAGAGACAGCCGAGGCACUUGCUUACCUCCAUGAAUUAGAUGUUAUACACCGUGAUGUCAAAACUAACAACAUUCUCCUCGACAACAAUUUCCAUGUCAAAGUGGCUGAUUUUGGUCUGUCACGAUUGUUUCCCACUAAUGUCACCCAUGUGUCGACAGCUCCACAGGGGACUCCUGGAUAUGUGGAUCCUGAGUAUUAUCGAUGCUACCAUCUGACUGACAAGAGUGAUGUUUAUAGCUUUGGGGUUGUCCUGAUUGAGCUUAUAUCAUCUUUACCAGCUGUGGACACGAACAGGCAUCGUCAUGAUAUUAAUUUGGCAAACAUGGCAAUCAACAAAAUUCAAAACCAUGCGUUGCAUGAGCUGGUUGAUCCAAUGCUUGGCUUUGAAAAGGAUUUUGUCGUUAGGAGAAUGAUCACCUCAGUGGCAGAAUUAGCUUUUCGGUGUCUACAACAGGAGAGGGAUAUGAGGCCUUCAAUGGAAGAAGUUCGAGGGAUCUUGAGAGGAAUUGAGAAUGAAACUUUUGGGGGACAGAAAGCAGAAGUGGUGGAUAUUGGCGGGGAUGAUGUUGGUCUCAUAAAUAAUAGUACUCCACCUUUUUCACCAGACUCAAUUGUGGCUGAUAAAUGGGAUAUGGAGUUUUUGAGGAGGACAACUUGACCCAAUUCAAGCAGGAGGAGGCUUAUGGUAAGCAAUUUAUCCACUUUCUGGCUGUUGUGUUGAAGAUUUUCGCUUAGAUAUUAGGCAUUUGAUCAGAUUAUGUGGUGAAAUUUUGGCCUUUUGACCAAACAUCUUGUGUGAUAUAUUUUAGGAAGGCACGAGAAAUUGUCUCUGUAAAGAACUACUAUUCAUAUUUCAUAUUUGAAAAAGUAGACGGGGAGACAAAUGAAAGGCUAAACAACUCUGGUGAACAUAGCUCCAGCUGUGGAAUCCCUAUAUCUGUAAAUCCAGAAUAGAACUUCUGAACAUAUCUGUGCUACAUUUCGAUUUCUUACUCUUUGUACAGUCUCACUUUGUCAAAAUAUCAAAGAGGAAUUUCUCACUGUUGCACC